CCCAUCUCUAUUUCACAUGACACUAGGCAACUGACAGGGGCUAACCUAAAAUGUCUCAAUACGUAAGAAUUUAUGAAAAUAUAUUGUUAUAAAAACAACAAUACAAAUAUGAAGAAUGGGCGAUAAUGUGAAGCUCACGCCCUCAUACCAACUGGACCAGGAAAUCUUAGAUGCCAGAGGCAUCAAUAUGACAGUAGAGGAGGUGGCUGGCCUGCCAACUUGCAAGUAUUCAGACAGGGUGCACUCGCUGAAGCUCAAUGAAGAUGAUCUCGCGUUUCUAAAGGGUUUGAGGAGGCGGAUCAAGAAUCGGCUAGCGUCGCAAAACAGCCGCCGGCGUAGUGUAGAACAUCUCCGUCGUCUAAGCCGCGAACUCCGCGCGGUGCGAGCGUGCCGACACGACGCGCUCGCCGAGCGCCGCGCCCUCACGGUGCAGCGCGACGCCGCGCGCGGCCGCUGCGUGGCGCUGCGACGGUAUCUGGUACAGAUGCUCCAAGAGCGAUCCGACAACGACGAAGUGCCGCAAAUAGAACCGGAAGAAUCUCACGCCAAGAACGGAAUUAAUAAAAUAAACACAGACAUAUUUCAAUGUCGGGUAGACAAAAUAGUUUCCCAAAGCGUUAACCAUAUAUUCAAAAGUGAUGAGAAGAAAAUUGUUGCUAAAACUAUUUUCAUAGAUGAUGCCGUUAAAGAGGAUUAUUUGGGAGGGUUGAAGGAGGAGGGUGUGUUGAACUUGUCCGUUAAGGAAGGCAGGCGAAGAGGGCACGGGAGGAAACAGUCCGCGCCGAGAAGGAUUGUCUAUGAUAAUGGUGAUGACGGAGUAUUGGACCUGAAAAUAAAAAAAGAAAUAAAGUGACCCGAGCUGGUGUUUCAAAGUGUAUUAGUAAUAUUACGAGUGAACAAACAUGUAUGAAGGUAAAGAAGACAGGCACGGAUCUAGAAAAACUGCGGGGGUCAAAAGCGUCCCAUUGUGGUAUUGGAUAUAUUUGUGUGUCACCAUUAGUGGAAGCUUGUAAGUAAUUUUUUAAUAUAAAAA